UGUGUUUCCAAACAACAUUCCUUUUCACACAACGACAGGCUGUGUCAAAUAGCUAGCUAGUUACUUACUUCCUCAUCAUCUCAACUAAAAGGUUGUCGGCUGAAUAAAUUCAUUUGUUUCUCUGACAUUUUAGCUAGAUGAUUAGAUGCUGUAGUUACUUACUCCGUUGAUAUUAUAACUAAUAGGUUGCGUUGGGAGAGGUCACAAGAAAACAAAAAUGGACAACAGUGGUUUUCCUAACGUUAGACAAAAGACAAUCACGCUUGUGAUAAAAACACCGAAUCAAGCGCACGGGGAUCAAACGAUUGAAGGAGUUGACACGGACUGGACAGUGAAAGAGUUGAAGACUCAUUUAUCGAGGGUGUACCCAAACAACCCGGCUGAAAGUGAUCAGAGACUUAUUUACUCUGGCAAGCUGCUCCCAGACCAACUGCAUGUCAGAGAUAUUUUCAGAAAGACGGACCUAACACCCACUGUGCACCUGGUGUGUGCAGUCAGAACUCAGCCCAGAGGUCCACUAGGAGCAAGACCCAAGGUCAGAGAGCCAGAACCACAACCCUCUGCCAUGCCUACCAGACAGAACGAAGAGGGUGUCACCCCAGCCCCAUCUGUGCCCACUGAACCAGAGCUGAGACAACGAAGGUACACUUCCACCUCUCCCACCCCACCCGCAUGGCCUGGCACUACAUCGCCAGGGGCAGCAGAGAUAACCAACCCAACCUUCCCCACCUACUCCCUCUACAGCCCUCAACAGCUGCUCUGGCUGCAGCACAUGUAUGCUCGCCAAUACUACAUGCAGUACCAUGCAGCCUACGCAGCAGCAGCCUCCGCCCCCUUUGCCCCAGCCGCCGGCCCAUCCCUUCCUGUCGCUCCCCACCAAGCCGCUGUCCCAGCAGCCCUGCCCAAUCAGGCCCCCAUUGACAACCUUCCAGCCAAUCAGAAUGCACAGGACGCCGCCUUUAUCAACCCGGGAGCAGCCAAUCAGAACCUGCGGAUGAACGCCCAGGGCGGGCCUGUGAUGGAGGAUGAGGAGGAUAUGGAUCGUGAUUGGCUGGACUGGGUGUACACGGCUGCCCGUCUGGGAGUGUUUCUCAGUAUCGUCUACUUCUACUCCAGCCUGAGCCGCUUCGCCCUGGUCAUGAGCAGCCUGCUCCUUAUGUACCUGCACACAGCAGGCUGGUUCCCCUUCAGACGAAGGCCCCUGGUCAGAGGUCCAAACAACCAGGUCCCCGAGGUCAUCCAGAACCAACAGAACCAGGACAGGAACCCAGUGCCACCGGCGGAGGUCCCUGCAGGAGAAGAGGGGGCCGAGGCAGAGGUUGGACCGGAUGAACCACACCCCCUGACUGCAGUACCUGUGCCUCAACACAGGGUGUCCAUCGUUUGGAGUGCCUGGAUCUUCUUCAAAGCCUUCUUUGCCUCCCUCAUCCCAGAGGCCCCGGCAGUGGCUAACUGAAUAAUCGACUCUUCCAGCAGGGGGCAGUUAACUUCAGUAUCAGACCUGCCUCUCUGUCACUGGAAGUCCUCCCUCUUUGUCCUUCUGGAUGGAUGCCUGGACAUUUUGUGAGAAAUCAUGAGUGAUUAAAAGCGUCAACGCAUACAAACCCCUGGCUGUAGUCUGUUAAGGGUGUGGUUCAUUCGGUGCUUCCUGCCUUAUGAUAGUGACCAAAUGGUUGUAUAUACAGUACAGUACAUACACUUCUCUCUGCCAAAUGGUUGUAAAUGCUGUAAAUGGGUAUUGGAACAAAACAUUUAAAUAUUAUUGUAUUGUCUGUACACAGCACUUUACAAAUGUAUCUUAUUAUUAGAGCUGGGACAAUACUAGUAUCGCAAUAUUAUUUCCAUUGCAAAAAUGGAAACACGAAGCAGAUCAACUCUUUGGUCCUUUAAAAAACUUCUAUAUGUAAAAUAUUGUCUGCUAUAGCUUGGAAAAUAAAUGUGACUCUGG